GCCGUGGAUCCGUGCCAGGCUUUGGCCCUCUCCGGGUUCAAGAGAGGCGCCUGGCUAAAUCCGCCCGGGAUUUAUAGGCUCCUGGCGUCCUUCCACUCUGUGCACCCUAAGGCGGCAGGUUUCAUCCCUGUGAGUCUGCAAACCCAGCGGGGUUUCGGGGACUUGAGCCCUUCAGGAGGAGGAACUGGCGUGCAAGAAGCGAAGGUUGUUGCUGACGGUCUAUUUUAUUUUCCUUAGAGGUGAGACUGGGCUUUCUGAGGCCUGCUGUGUGUGCCUGUUGCCAGGCAACCUGCAGACGCGGACCGACGCAGUCUCUGGGAAGGAUCCCUUCCAGCCUGUCCAGUCCGAAGCUGUUUGAAGAAGGUUCUUGGUAGAAUCGCCCGAGCAUAGUACACUGCAUGAUAAGUACAUGAGCUUGAAUGGAUUUAGAGGUUAGAGGAGUGGCUGCUUCUCCUGGGAGCCAAACUCAGCUGUUCUCUGGAAGAAGGAAGCCAUUACAACAAGGAUGGACUUCUAGGUCAUGGGCAAUCUCGAAUCCCUGUCCACCGGUGGUCCCACCACUUGAUUUGAGAAGUCUUGUUGGCUCUGAUGAUGAGGAUGAUUUUUCAUAUGGUUCUCUUAGUGCAGUGCAUACUCAUUUUAACCCAACAAAGUCAUUUUCUGCCCUUGACUGGGAUGCAUCAUGUCAAAUACCAUAUACUCAACAUCAUCUAAAUGAACUGGAACAAGACAUAGUACCUGAAAAUUUGCCAUCACCAACAGACAAAUAUAAGCUAAAAUAUGAACAAUAUAAAACUGAAAUGAAAGAGGGAUAUAAACAGUACAGUCAGAGAAAUGCAGAAAAGACAAAAUCAGAUAACAUACAUCAGCAGUCUCCAAGAAAGAAGAUAGAUAAACAGUGUAGUACACGAAGUGCAGAAGCCAGUGAGGAUGACCUUACAACUCUGGAUAGGAAAGCCCUCUUACAGAAUGGAUAUGUGGACAGCCCUUGUCAUGCACAGAAUAGUGCAAGGAAAUCAGAUGCAGAAACUGUGGCUGCAGAGAAGAAGAAACAGACUGUUACAGAGCAAAUGAUGAUAGAUCACUUGUCUAGGGCUGUGAUCAGUGAUCCAGAACAAAAUUUGAACAUUGAGAAACAAGGAAAUGCUCAUAUCCUUCCAGAUUUAAAGAGACCACCUCUUCGACUUAGGAAAAGAACACUACAUGAAACAAAGAUCAGAACCCACUCUACAUUAACCGAAAAUGUGCUUUCUCAUAAAGUACAAUUUGAUAGUAGGAUCAUAUCAAGAAAUGGACGUGAUGCCUGCAGAGAUCUGAUUGGGUUCUUUUUUACCAAUGACCAAUCCCUUACAAUAUAUGAAUAUCGGCAGUUUGGAAAAAAUAGAACAAAUGUGCUUCCAUUUAUUCCAAAAAACAUUUAUAGCCAUCAGUGUGGACGAAGAAAAGGAAAACAGUACCAACUUGGUGACUUUUAUAUUGGUGCAACCUUGACAUUUUUGAGCUCUCAUCAUCCAAGUCUUCCACGAAGCAUAAAAGAAAAUAUAUUACUUAGACUUCGAAUCACAAAUAUUGAUCAAAUGGCUUUGGAGUCUAUAAAAACUGCAUCCAUGGCACAUGAAGAAGAUAUAAUUAUGCAAGAAGCCAAUGAUAGGCUGGUCUUCAAGGCCAUUCAAGAUGCGCUGAAAGAAAAACUGCAGAAAAGAGGUGUUCGCAUUUUGACUGGAUUGGGAAAAUACUUUCAACAGCUGGAUAAGGAAGGAUGUGGACUUUUAAAUAAGGCAGAUUUUAAGCAGGCUUUAAAAGUAUUUCACUUAGAAGUAUCUGAAAAGGAUUUUGAAUCUUCAUGGAUAAUUCUGAUCACCAAUGGCAACGGAAAGGACAAAGUUGAUUAUGGAGAAUUCAAACGUGCCAUUAUUGGUGAAAUGAAUGAAUAUAGAAAAUCAUUUGUUCGAAAGGCCUUUAUGAAACUAGAUUUCAACAAAACUGGCUUUGUGCCUAUUAUAAACAUAAGAAAAUGUUAUUGUGCAAAGAAGCAUCCUCAAGUAAUUUCAGGUCAUUCCACAGAGGAGGAAAUCAAAUCAUCUUUUCUAGAAACAUUAAAAGAUGCUGGCGGCAAGUCUGAUGAAGUGUCAUAUGGUGAAUUUGAAGAUUACUAUGAAGGUCUAAGUUUAGGGAUAGUAGAUGAUGAAGAUUUUGUUAACAUCUUACGUACUCCAUGGGGAAUUUAGUUUUUAAUAACGAAUAUACUGUCAGCUCUAGGCAGUUUAUAGAAGAGAUGACUUUUAUAAAAUAUACAAUCAAAGCCUAGGAUAUAU